AUGGCGAAGCCUCGUCGUGCGUCGUACGCCGUCACCAGUGCCGAGCUCCCGGUCUUGAAGACGUUGGGGCUCGAGGAAGUUGACCCGGAAGACGUUUUCGAGCUCCAACGCAAGGAAGGCGCCGGCGCUUUUGGUCGCGUGUUUCGCGCCUGCUACAAGAAGGACCGUGCACGCCUCGCAGCGUUAAAAGUGAUCCCCGUCGCACUUGAAGCUGGCGAACGGGGGGAAGACAUUGAAAGCGUGCGACGUGAGAUCCAAUUCUUACGCGAAUGCGACCACCCGAACGUUGUAGCCUUCCACGGCGCCUACUACAAGGACGGCGCGUUAUGGGUCGCGAUGGAGCAUUGUGCCGGUGGGUCGGUGGGAGAUGUCCGUCGUGUCCGCUCCUUAAAUGAACGGGAGAUCUCCAUUAUCAUGCGUGGAGCACUCAACGGUCUAGCGUACUUGCACUCGCGUCGUAAGAUCCACAGAGACGUGAAAGGAGGCAAUAUUUUACUUACGGAUUCCGGCCAAGUCAAGAUCGCGGACUUCGGUGUGUCAGCUCAACUCCGAGACACUUUAUCUCGUCGGGGUUCAUUCGUGGGUACCCCGUACUGGAUGAGUCCGGAGCUCAUUCAAGACAGCGACUACGACUUCAAAGCCGACAUUUGGUCCUUGGGGAUCACGGCGAUUGAGCUAGCAGACCAGAAGCCGCCACUCUUUGACGAGCAUCCUAUGCGAGUCCUCAUCCAAAUCCCUCGCAACCCGCCGCCACAAGUCGCUCACCCGGAGAAAUGGUCGGCGGCGUUCUUGGAUUUCCUACGCUUCUGUCUACGUAAAGAUCCCGCCGAACGCCCGACUGCAGUCGAGUGCAUGCAACACGAGUUCAUACGUCGUGAAGCGCACAUUGAAAGGGUCUUUGCCGGUGGAGAGAAACCUGCAGCUCCUACGGUUGAGCAAGAACUCGACAAUGAAAUCGCAGAGGAGAUUAGUGACGCCUCGUCAUCUUCACAUAGCGACGUUGAGGGUGAAGCUUCGACCGGGUUACUGGGCGAGACUUUCGAGUUUCGGGCGCAGUCUCCAAUGGUCCCGGCAAAGCUACAGCUACACGCUUCUGCAAGUGCUGACGACCUGUUAACCCUGUCGACCGACGAGCUCCCAGCGCUCAGUCAGAAGGACAACAAGCUGAAUCUCGAGCAUCGCACAUCGACGACUGCGAGUUUCCGUCAACCUGCGACGGAGUUCAAGCUCUUGCCAUCCUCUGCCAAGUCCCCAGUCAUGCGUGGCAGUACUCGCGAUCCCUCGGCUCGCUUUGUCAAGCUCAACGACUCUCGAACGUCUAGCGACGUUUCUUUAAACUCUUUAUCAAUCUCGUCCGACGUCGCCUCUAAAAGGCCUCCACGAUCGCCAGUAUCUUUGCGUCCAAAGGCUUCGUCGUCUCCCCCAACGUCUCCAUCCGUAAAGUCAUCAUGGCUGUCCGUAUCGUCCCGAGAUGACCCUCUCGCAAGCAUCGACACAGUCACUAACGCUCGUGUGAACCGCCUUCUCUCCUCCCUGUCCACAUCCACAUCGUCUCCAAGUCUAGCGGCUGCAAUGCGUGCCUACAACGACCAAUACACCGUGGACUCGCCCAAUCGACACUCAAGACGACAAAGCUUCAAUUGGCGCUCAGAGACCGCUCUAGGAGCCACCAACCGCGAAGGAUCGACGCGUUCCAGUGGCAAAAUCUUCGUCGGCGAUCCGUUCCGAGCUUCCCACGAUGUCUGUGUCAAGUACAACUCCAUCCAGGCCCAGUACGAAGGCGCACCCAUGUCCGCCGAGUGGGCAGCGCUGCACAAACAAUUCGGGAUCGCGUUAUCCCACAUGCGUUGUCGACAAGGAACAGACAUCGACGACCAAGUGCCAGCACUCGUCCGCAUGCUACGUCGAGAACUGGCGCGUCACGGAGGCUUGAAAUGCAAAUACAUCUUCCGCGUUUCACCCGUUCAGGACGAGGUGCAACGUGCCAAAGCCGCGAUCAAUCGAGGCUCGUUUGAGCCCGCCCAAGUCUCAGAUCCACACGUGUACGCCAGUCUCCUGAAGCUGUGGCUUCGUGAGCUGCCCGUUCUCUUACUGGACGUCUUGGAUGUCCACGAUCUGGCCUCCGUCACCAAGUUAGUAACCACGGGGAAGCUCGACGACGACGAUGAUCUGCACCUCGUUACGACUGAAAACAUCGAUCUAGUGGACGCUCAGAUCGCACGCACCCUUCAGAAACUGGGCCAGCGAGAGAACGCUGUGUUUCAAUGGCUGCUGGAGCACAUGCUGGAGGUUAACACGCACCGCUCGGUCAACCAGAUGACGACGCAAGCGCUGGCCACUGUGAUGGCUCCCAACGUCUUCUCGUGCGCAGGAAUGGCUCGAUCAACGCAGGAAAACGCGGGGAAUCUCAUGAAGCAGAUCGUGCUCUUUCUCCGCGUCUUGUUGUCCUGGAGACGUGCCAGUUUGCCUGCCUCGACGUAUCUGCUUGAACAAGAAGAGAAGAACGUGGCAGCAGCGUUUUCGACCAAAGCAGAGACCGCCAACGUGUCGACCAUGCAGCACAAAGUGCGUCAGUCGCUAACAAAACUCGUGAAAAGUCCAGAAACUCCGGAGUCGGAGAGUGAAUUGGUCUCGUUUGAGACGGCACUGCGCAGUCGCGUGGACCAGCUUUGGUCUGAUCUAGAGAAGAGCGAGGUCACUACCGUCGAGACCCAACGACAGGAGAAUGUUCUACGUCGUGUCUUCAGUGAAUUCCAGUUAUCUACACUGCAGUUGAUAGUUCGGUACGCGAAGAAACGAGAAGAAUGCACGUGGGCGAAUCUUCUUCUCGAGAACGUAAAGGAGAACAAGCCACUGGAGACGAAGACGCCCGCGUCGCUCGGAAGGAUGAAAGAUCUGGUGGAUGCUGCGUUGACGUUCGAAGCUUUUUGUCGUCUUCUCGAUCGAGAACAGACGACGCAGGAGAAGUUGGAGAAGCUGCAGACUCGACUUGGAGACGCAGCGAUUCGUCACGAGAGCAACCAGGUCGGAUCGCUCUCUAGAAACAUUUUCUAUCAUUUAUCACGCACAUAUGCGCAACAACUCAAGACUUCACACUCGUCAAAUCAAAUCGAAGACACGAGUGUCAGUAGAACUUUACUCAAUGGAGCAGUCCGUCUAGCUGCGCGGUCUGGCAACGACGCGAAGCUGCAUCGCAACGUGGCAAAACUAGGAGAACGUCAGCCCGCGAUCGGGAAUCUACUGGUUCUACUUGGAGAGUGUAGUCAGAGACGACGACAGAGUGGGGCGCAGAGUCUGGAAUGGCUGCAAACGCAGCUCAUGGAGUCCAUUCCACCACCCACCACACCUUAA